CCCUUAAAAUCUUAACUCACUCUCGACUCUCUUCGGACGUUCCCGCCGCCAAACAAACCUCUCCCCCUCCUCCUCCGGUCCCUGACCCAAUUCUCUUCUUGCCUUCAAGUUUUCGACAGAUUAGGAGAUUAAAUAAGUACUUUUAGGGAUUUUGGGCAGCACAACACAAACUUGGUGCUGUGCUGCCUGUGCUGGGAAGCAACCGUUCUGUUGGAGAAGCCUAUCUUAGUUCCUCGACAAUGAACAAGCAGCUGCAACAAAUCAUCCAUAUUCCACCCAACCCACCUGUUUCCCCCACCAGCCAACCGACCAAAAAAGUUUAUGCUUCCUUAAUUGAACCUAAACAUGCCAAUACUGUUAUAAGGCGACUUAAUCAGAUUGCACCGCUUCAAAAUCUCCAGCAUUUGAAGAGGAUUCACAAAAAGCAAAUCCAAGGGGGAAAACCAGAGUUGUUUGUCAUAUUAUGUUUGGCUUCUGAAAAUGAAACACAAUCCAAUCCUAUGCCAUCGGAUGUGGAAGAUGUUGUCAAUUCCUACAACUUGACUCCUUUUAUUACCGAAGUUUGCAAACAUGUUGCAUUAUCAAAGAAGGAGUGGGAAGAACAGUGCAAAUUAUGGCCAACGUCAUAUCAUCCACCAACCUACAAUAUUCAUGGCAUUACAGGGUUUAAUGAAGAGGAUUCUAAAUCAGUUUUCAGUUUUAUGAAGUCCACGAUAGAGUUGGCGAAAUCUGGUGAUCAUUUGAGUUUCAGUGCUGCUUUGAUAGUGGAUCCAUUAGCUGGGCAGAUAAUUGCAAGUGCAUGUGAUGAUGUCUGCUCUUGGCAUAUGGGAACAAACGAAGCAAAGACAAAAACCUGCCACUUCAAACAGUCAGAAGGAUUCACUUCUGGUGCUGAUGCUAACAGGAUAGCAAGAGAUACAACUUUGCUUUCAAAUGGCUUAUCUGACAAUCUCCAAAAAUGUGACACCACAGUUUCUUGUUUAAACCCUUGGCAGUUUUCACAACAAUCAUUGGAUACAAGUCCUUGUUAUUGUCACCCAUUACGACAUGCUGCCAUUGUUGCUAUUGAAGCUUCUGCUGCCAGGGACCGACAUCUGUUCCCUUGUUCUGGGCACAGUGAAAAGUUGUAUGAAGUUGAUUCUACUCAUUCUUCUCCCUCAGGUUCUCCAGAAAAGAGACAAAGGGUGACCCUUGAAAAUGUAAAAAAUGGUGGGGAGCAGGAUGCGAAUACCAAAAGUUCAGACUCCUUAGCCAGGCCUUAUCUGUGUACCGGCUAUGACAUCUAUCUUGUCUGGGAGCCUUGCACAAUGUGUGCUAUGGCUCUUGUUCAUCAGAGAAUUAGGCGCUUAUUUUAUGUGUUACCGAAUCCUGAAGCUGGGGCAUUGGGAAGCGUUCAUAGGCUACAGGGUGAGAAAAGCUUAAACCAUCACUAUGCAGUUUUCAGGGUUGUCUUGCCUGAACUUGAAUUUCCAGCAGAAAGAUAGCUCUUUUGAUAUUUCCUACUCGUGUGUUGGAUACCUUUUUCAUUUUCCA